AGAAAAAUGGCGCAGUUUUCCAAAGUUAGAGGCCCAGUGCAAGAUCCAAUCUUGAUUUCUUCAGUCUACUGAGAAAGCUUCCCCCCGCAUAGCAUCCCUCCUCCGAUGGCAAACGCAUGGAAGAGGGACAAACAACCCCAGUUCCUCUCCUCCAAGUUCCUCCUCCUCCUCUUCUCCUCCUCCCUCUGCCUCCUCAUCUUCUACUUCCUCUCCCUCCGACCCUCCUCCAACCCUUACCCCAACCCCACCCCGACCCUCUCCUCCCCCAAAUCCCGCUUCUCCUCCCCCUCCAUCUCCCCCUUCGACUGCUUCGCGUCCCCCCAGGCUCACCCCGUGAUCGCCAACGUCGUCGAGGGCGUCAAGCACCCCUUCCUCUUCUCGCUCUCCGAUUUCGGGUCGCUCCCCGAUAAGCCCCACAAGAACAUCGUCAGGACGCUCAAGGGCAAGGCCUUCCGGAGGCCCGACAUAUCGGUGACGGUUCAGGAGCUUCUGGAGGGGUUCAGGAGCGAAGGCAGAGAUGGAGUUUUCGUGGAUGUGGGCGCCAAUGUGGGGAUGGCCAGCUUCGCCGCCGCGGUGAUGGGGUUCAGGGUUUUGGCUUUCGAGCCGGUUUUCGAGAACUUGCAGAGGAUUUGCGAUGGCAUUUGGAUGAAUCGGGUUGGGGAGCUGAUGGAUUUGUUCGAGGCUGCUGCGUCGGAUAGGGUUGGGAACAUCACAUUUCACAAGUUGGUCGGCCGGCUUGACAACAGUGCUGUCUCAGCCGCCGGUGCCAAGUUGGCAUUCAAGUCCAAUGAAGAAAUAGAACUUCAAGUAAGGUCCAUCCCACUGGACAAAGUGAUACCGGAGUCAGAACCCGUGCUUCUCAUUAAAAUAGAUGUUCAGGGCUGGGAGCAUCACGUACUGAAGGGGGCUGUGAAGUUGCUGUUGAGAAAGGCAGGCGAGGCACCGUAUUUGAUUUAUGAGGAGGACGAACGGCUGUUGCAGGCAAGUAACAGCAGUUCCAAGGAAAUUCGAGAAUUUCUGCACUCUGUUGGGUACAUACAUUGCACCCAGCACGGUACAGACGCCCAUUGCACCAAGAAAGGCUGACAGUGGAUUGAUUAACCUUAGCCUUGUUGAUGUAAGAUCACUGAAUCAAGCAUGAAAAGGGACAAUUCUUUCGCAGACUUCUUUGUGACAGUUUCGCCUUCCCACUCGGUUCCUAGCUGGAGAAUUAUAUUUGGAAUGUGUAAUGAGACACAGCCGUCCAUUGAAGGAGCAAGUUAUUGAGCGCGAGGAAGCACAGAUACUUUAUGGUUUUCUCGUCGAGUAUAGUUAGGGAUGGAUCUGUUACCGUUGGAUCUCCAACACCCAAUUCGUUAUUAUGUUCGUUUGUUGCAAUUCAUGCUUUGUAUUUGUAGCAAAUGACCUUGCGAUGUGCGAGCAAAUGCAGAGUUAAUUAUUGACAGAGCUACAGAGGCAUAUUCGACAGCUUUUCA